GAGGGUAGCAACAGUUGCCCCGGUGAAGGCAAAGGCGCCAUAGUCACGGUAGUCCUGGCGACAAGAGCCAAGCAACGGGAGUCAACAACAACAACCUAAAUCUAAAGGAAAAAAAACUUUAACGACAAAAAGGACAAUACUGGGAUAAACUAGAGCCAUAGAACCAGUUGCCUCAAAGGAUCGGUUGCCAUGGCAACUUCUGGGUACUCGGAAGACCUUCAGCCUCAGCAGGCCAACUCGGUAGCCAUAGCAACACCUGCUGCCGCCACACCCUCAACCGCAAAGACGGCACACUUCCUGUCUGAGAUCCCCCCAACCUCUGGAACCGCUGCAACAGCCAACCAAUCCGCCACUGCCUCAAAAACAGGACAGGACGCACUUUGUUCUCAAGCGCCGCCCACCCAGGCCCAGAGCCUGAAGGCAGUGGUUCUGACCACUCCCACGCAGCACUAUGUAACCUCUGACAUCCAGCACUCUGCAGUCCAGAAGAAUAAUGGUCAGAGCGGCUCGCCUCAGUACAUCAUAGUUACUGUUGCAGAGGGUUCUGUUCACUCCAAUGACAGUCUGUCGGACUCCAGUCCACCGGGCCCCGGCGUUCCUACUCAGGUUUGCCAACCUGUGCAGACCACAACACAGCAGAGGUCAGUGUUGCAGGCGGUCACUCAGGCAGCCAAGAGAAUUCAGUCAGGCCACGGCAACAAUCUUCAGUCUGUGCACAUUAACCAGGAGGUGGAUCAUGUGUUCUCUGGACAGGUGCAGUAUGUGGACGGAGCAGGAGAUGCAACCUUCAACACAUCCACUGUUCGAUCGAGCAACUACCCUUUCGCCGAGUCGCCCCUCUUCUCCCAGACCCCUCCCACCACCUCCUCCACCUACUACGAGGCUACGCCCAGCACUGAGUCAGACAUCACCGGAGCUGUGACCUCGCAGCCAGUGUCUGUGGCAACAGGAGGAGCCAAUAGCGGGGCAGCUGGUGCCGGUGGAGCAGGCUACAUCAUUCAGGGGGGUUAUAUGUUAGGAGGAGGAGGAGGACAUAGUUACACUAGCCCUAACUCUCGAGCCCCUCCUGCUACUGUGCAGUGGCUGUGUGAUAACUAUGAGGGGGCGGAGGGGGUGAGUUUACCUCGCUGCACCCUCUACUACCACUACCUGCUCCACUGCCAGGAGCAGAAACUAGAACCCGUUAAUGCUGCGUCGUUUGGCAAACUCAUCAGGUCUGUCUUCAUGGGGCUGCGCACACGAAGACUCGGGACCAGAGGGAACUCCAAGUACCACUACUAUGGUUUGAGGAUUAAAUCUGGUUCACCGCUGCUCAGACUCAUGGAUGAGCAACAGCACAUGGCGAUGAGGCAGCAGCCUUUCUCACAGAAAAACAGGAUAAAGACAGUUCAGAAGACACAGGGAAUCGCCAAUGGUACAUCAGGUGGGGCAGGUCAACAGCAGGCAGGAGCAGUCUGUGAUAUUUCAGCCCAAGUGCAACAGUAUCAGCAGUUUCUGGGUCAGGAAACUCACAGUCUCUUAUUAUUUGAUUUCAUUUCAUAUAAAAAUACUUGGACAUGAACCAAGCUAC